GUUACGUGACUUGACGUUUUUUCACCGAUUGUUGAUGACGGUGGCAGACAGCGCAAGUCAGUAGCUGAGUGGUGUUCACGGGAGGAGGAGUGCCUGCCAGGAUAAUAUCAUUUUCUCCGGCAACCUGCUGUCCAAAGACGGAAGAACUAUAACAUAGACGAAUGAAGCUGAGGUAGUGCGACAAACCUCUGAACUAUACGCGAAUUAACGCUGGUUCAGAAGCGUCUCUGACACUGUUUUGAAGGCCUGUUGCUAGUUACGGGAAAUCCUCGGGCUAGCCCGGGAGACACCGGGCCGAGAGAGCGCAGAGGACCAGGACUGGAUCUCCGUGGGCUGGUUGGUCGAUCUGGUUUUAAUGUACCUAUCUUGUAAUCAAACGAGGACGUAACCUCUCCUGCUCCUCCGUGGCGCACAUAAAUCAGCGUCAACUCAAAGACACUUUCAGCUUGACAGCUAGCUAACGUUAGCUCUCCUGUGUUUACAAGCUAAGCUCAGCCGAUACCCUCUGAAGAAGUUGGCACUUGGGUGUAUUUGUUUCAGCUACGAUUUGACAUAUUUGGCUUUUACCACCUGCCUGCUAGCUAGUGGUGACUUGUAAACUUAUUCAGCUUCUGUCUACACCGACUGAAGGUCGCCAGCUAGGCUAACGUUAAAUCAAAAGGUGUCCUAGCUAAGGUUAUCACUUCUUCAGUCUUAUCUACUGCAGCCCAAAGUUUGUUACCUUGUUGGACUGUAAGAAUCAGCCCAGUUGUUUGUUUUUUCAUUGUCCUUAACUCUUUCAAUGCUACACAAAGGUGAAAAUCUUGUAAAGAGUUGAAGUCACUCGUUGAUUUAAACAGAGGCUGCAAACCUUUACUGAGUUAUUUACUAAAGCUGUCUUAAACCAGCUGACAGUAUCCCGGAUGAAGACUCACAGAGAAGUGUGGAUUGUGAUGCUGUCAGGACUCACAGGUGUUGCCUGUUCUGCUUGGCAUUAUUAAUCUCACACCAACAUUUAAUCUCUGCUGCAACAGAAGCAACUGGUUUGCAGUUUUUUGGGCUUAUUUGCUCAAAAAGGAUCCUCUCCAAAACAGAUCACCAUGAAUCGCUACCUGCCUGUGGCACGACAGCACUUCCUGGCUGCCCUAGCCAGCACCAGUGUGGUAGUAAAAUCAAUAAGUGCUGUGGUGGUUCUCCUGUACCUGCUGGCAUGGGCUGUUGACACUCCGUACGCUCUGGGGGUGACCCCAGGCUACCUCUUUCCUCCGAACUUCUGGGUGUGGACGCUGGUGACCCAUGGGGUGGUGGAGCAGCAUGUCUGGGGCGUGGCGGCCAAUGUGGGGACAGUUAUGGCCUGUGGACGCCUGCUGGAGCCUUUGUGGGGCGCUCUGGAGCUCCUGAUCUUUUUCGCAGUUGUUAAUGUAUCUGCAGGCCUCCUGGCAGGUCUCUCCUACCUCCUCACCUAUGUGGCCACCUUUGACCUGGAUUUCCUGUUCGCUGUGCGAGUCCACGGGGCAGCCGGGUUCCUGGGGGGCGUCUUGGUGGCGCUGAAGCAGACCAUGGGGGAUACUACAGUGCUCAGAGUGCCACAGGUAAGACUCAAAGCAGCACCAGCUUUAGUCCUUCUCCUCCUGGCUUUACUGCGCCUAUCUGGGCUGCUUGAGAGCUCUGCCCCCCUGGCUGCAUACAGCUACGGUGCCCUGUCUGGCUGGGUUUACCUACGCUUCUACCAGAGGCACAGCCGGGGCCGCGGGGACAUGUCGGACCACUUUGCUUUUGCAAGUUUCUUCCCGGAGGCUCUGCAGCCUGCCGUGGGGCUGCUGGCGGGGCUGGUCCACGCAGUGCUGGUCAAGUUGAAGGUGUGCAGGAAGAUGGUGAAGAGAUACGACGUGGGGGCGCCCUCCUCCAUCACAAUCAGCCUGCCAGGGACGGACCCACAAGAUGCAGAGAGGAGGAGACAACUGGCCCUCAAGGCUCUGAACGAGCGUCUAAAGCGUGUGGAGGACCAGUCCGCCUGGCCCAGCAUGGACGACGAGGAAGACGAGGACGAGGACGAGGUCAGAACCGACACGCAGCCGCUCCUCCCGAGCGGGCGCGACCCUUCCUCCUCCACGUCGAGACCGGCGGGGGCACCCAUCGGCAUCUCCCUCUCCUCCACCUCCUCAUCCUCCAUGUCACAGAGCGGCGGAGCGCAACCCACAGGCGGAACGCAACACCCAGAGUCGAGCAUUAUCAGCUUCGAGGAUGCACCUUCCAGAUCGUAACCAAUAGACAGAUACGCACGCUCUGUUCGGCGUCACUGGCAGGUAUACUAGCGCAUUCAGAGUCUCUGACUAGUGUACGACUUUAUUCAGUGAGGGCGAUUAGGCAUACACUCGAUAUCGCGCACACACAAACACAUACGACAUCUUUGACCAGUUCAUACACACGACCGUGCGCUCACAAACACUCUGUCAAUGUCAUUGUGAAGCCCAAACGGGCGGUAACUGUACAGUGCUUUCAGUUCAGACAUGUUGGUUGUAAAUGCUCAGUGUAGUCGGGCAAACUUGACACUUAAUUCUUCUCUUCCUUCUUGCAUACGACCGAAAGUCAACCAGAAAUCCUGUCUUAUCCGGACUCAAUCCCAACUUGCUGAGCUCUGUCCACUGCUUCAUGUGUCUCUUUCUCUUGCUUUCUGAAUAAAUAACAAAAAUGGGUGUACAAUAUUUUUUUUUUUUUUUGUAAAUGUUUUUUUUUUUUUUUUCGGAGCAGAUGACAGAGACUCGCUCCGAAUUCUCGUUUCCCGAUGAAAGGCCGACUCUACGCGCACCGGUUCGAUAAUCUCCGAGAAGUGACUGUAAGCGAGAUUAGCUUUAGGUUCACGUGUUCUGCAUAUGUAAACUGGUGUGUAACAGAGGAAGUGUGAAAGCAUGCAUUCAGCACCAACUGCUGGAGCGGAGGAAAGAAGCUGCUGCAGGUCAGUCCUGCUGAUGAACUAUGAUAUAAAACUUCAAGAUUUGAAGAAGUGCCAGGUAAAAAGAAUAUUCUGGACCAGGUUCAUUUGUCGCCUGUUGUCUCUCUUGGAACAGCAGGCAGAAAAAUGGACUUUCUACCCUUUUUUUUUCUUCUUUUUUUUUUUAAUCCCUGGGUUGUUGUUCAAUGGAUAAUGUUUUUUUCCUUCUAGGUCUGUUCAUCAGUAAACAAAAACAACUAACAUUAGGAAAUUUUAAUGGUGUUGCACUCGUACACAGAUCUGUGGAUUAUGAUGAUGAUUCUUUCUUCUUCUUCUAUGAGUUAAGAUGAUAUUUUUGCGUUAAUUCUUGGAGUAUCAUCUUGUACCCUUUUUCACUUCCACCUUCUAGGAUCUGCAGCGAUAUGAGAAUCAGCAAUAGCUAUUUAAUCAUCUGAGUGCUUAUACAGAGAGAAGUGGUCAGCGUCCGUCACGGUUAUGUUCGUCAUUUGGCACAAUCACAAAUCUGGAGAAGUGAUCAAAUGCAUAAAAAGUAGAGAACGGCCUUGUUAAAAUCACAAUGAGUCAUGAGUUGUAGAUUCAGAGGUCGUAUCUGUGCUGUGUCAAACUCUGCUCUGAUUAGUCGUAUCUCAGAGACUGACCCGUGAGCAUGAAUGACGACAUAGGCGGAGGACGCACUGAUCAGUAGUCAGCCUGGCCGAGGUUUCAUCACAUGCACGUGUAGCAUCUCUCAUUUCUAAAAUCACAGUGUCAAGCAAGGGCCACUGGUGAAUAAUUUGCUAGUGAAGUUGAUUAGCAAAUAAAUUGUUUCAUCUAGAAAGUUCCAUGAAUUCAUGGCAGCCCAAAAAGGUCAGCGAGUCAUUCAUUUUGUAGACAGUCAUCACUGCAGAUGUCGCAGUCUAUUAGGAUAACAAUCACAUUAUUGAAUGUCCAAUUUCCCACCUGUCCUCGAUGAUUCAAGUCCGCCGCGGCUGAUAAAUUAUUUCAGACGCCGCGAUCACGGUGACGACAAACCGCUAAUUUAUUUUUAAACUUGUGAUCACAAGGUAGAAAAUGUUUCCAAAUAAAAAUGAGAAUUUUCACAUAUUUAACAAGGAGGAUGAAGCGUGUGAAGUUCACAUGAUCUCUCACCCUGUAGGAGUCACUUCAGUCUGUCAUCCGGGAACACCAGCCCAGUAAGAUUAGUUGCACAUUGUUCCUGGUCUGACAGCUGUCGUGUUGUCAUGGUAGCCAAUGCCUUAAUUUCACAAAACAUCUCGGAGACAAAAAAAAAAAAAUGUGAUUGAUGGUCUCUGCUGUUUGGUAUUGAAUAUGAAAAGUUUAGAGGAGAAUUGCAGAUGAAGAAAAUGAAAUUGGGGAACUAAACAAAAUGAUCCCAGUAUAGAAAUAUGUUGUUACAUAUUUAAUUCAAAUAUAUGACUUCUUUUUUUGUUCCUAUUUAAUAUUCUCAUGUUUGUUUUGUGAGAAAUAAUCUUGCAGUGGCCUUAAUGAUCAUUUUAUUAGCCACUGACUAAGCAAACAUCAUAUUGAAAAGAGACCAAAAUCAUCCAAUCACAUGUAACUAAAGGCACAGUGAGUCAUUUAUGACCUUUAUCGCCCUCCAUAAUUAAACGGUAGGACUUCAUCAACGAACCUCCUCCUCCUCCUCCUCCUAGCAACUGCAGUGUGUGAUUUGCAAAAACAAAGUCAGAGUUCAUAUAGUAGACAGCCAACAGAAAUAUCCUGCAUCCAAAAGACUGUGAAAGUAGAGCUUUUAAUUUAAUUUUGGGGAUUCCAAAUCUGAGCACCCAAAGAAGUUCAUUAGUGUCCUUAUUUAAUCUCUAGAAAUGCCAAGUAAAAACAUUUUUAUUCAUAAGUGUGGGGAAUUUGUGGAAUUUGUCAAAUAGGAGAAAAAAAAAGUUGGAAAAAAGGUUAUAGUGUGAACAUUCAGCCCACAGACUCAGUCUGAGGGUCCGGAGUUGAACUUGGCAGAUACAUUUUAUAGUGUUGUUUUGAGGAAGAACAUUGCAGGAUUGAGCCUUUUUGCUUUUCAUUGACAAAUAAAAAGCAGAAAACGUGCUACAUGAUGUGAUGUGCAAAUAUGGAAUAAGCAAAAGAUAUACAGACACCUGAAAUGAUGUCCAAGCUUCUAUAAUGUCUCCGGUUUAGUAACAUGAUCCUGAGAGAACGUUGAUCGUACCUGAAAUGUUGAGAUUAAAAAAAAAAAAAGUCUGAUAUUCAAACAUGAUGGUUCUCAUCUGAUCCUGAUUUCUAUACUGUUCUCCUUCAUGCUUGAAUCUUUGAGCAUGUUCCAAAUUAAAGCAUCAUCAAGCACUGCAAAUUCAGAUGAAGUGUGUAGAGCUCGAGUUUGGCCUCUGAAGUCCAAACAUACAAGUUUUUUUUUUUAAUGUUUUGUUUUUUACCUGAUGGAAACGUGUAUGAUGGGAAGCGAUAAGCCAUAUUAGACUGGAGUGAUGAAAUUCUGUGUGUUCUAUCCUGUGUUUCCUCUUGUUCAUUCUGCUCUUUUCACUGUGCUCUUUAUUUAGCUAGUAGUCGUUUACGUCGGAUGUGUGGGGCCAUUAUUUAAUUAAAUAUGAAUGAAUGAUAGUAUUUACAUGAAUGAAUGGACGCAGGAACGAGAGGAAGGGCUUGACGCUAUCCCUUGUCCACAAGCUGAGUCACAUCCAGCUUUAAAGUGAACAUCUGAAAUCUCCAUCUGCAUUCUACCACCAAAUGUAUCCACAGUAGCAAAGGAUAUAAACCAGUACAUAACUACAUAUAGUACAGUUACAGUUGUAUGGUGUUAUUCUCAUUUUUUUUUUUUAACCAGUUUAAUAAUAUUCAUCGUUGAGCUUUAGCUGCUGACCCAACUCAGCUUGCAUCACACGAUAAAAAUCAGCCAAGCAACAAAAGAAAAGCUAGCAAGGACACUGGUAUAUAACUGGAAUUGUGUCAUUUGACCAGUGAAAAGACACGGGAACAUCAUCGUUACCGGUCUGAGGUUUCAGGUUGUGCUCGGUCGGUCUGACUUCCACUCGCCAUCCCUGUUCUCCUGUUCCCCUCUGAUUUAUCUCUCUAUUUUCUGGCUCUGAACGUCCUCUAAGAGAAGAAAGGAAUGCAAUUACAUAGUGUCUUUAUGAAUAAUGGCAAUGUACGGUUGGUGUAUACAAACCAUAAAAGCUGCAGGCGAAGGAUAAUUAAUGAUGUCAGUGCUGUUACUACAUUGCCGCGGCUUCAGUCUACAGUGGCCGGCCUCUGUCAGUCAACGAGCAAGCACAUAAACGCUAUCACUGUAAUUUGACUGCAUACACAGUUUGUAAGUGUUCUCUCCUGCACACCAGUAUCAUGUCAUUAUUACAGACACACCACAGACAGGUAGACUCUUCUUUAAACUUUAGGAAGCGCUUUCUCUGUUUUUCCUUGGUUGGUGUCUUGCCAGAGUGGCAGAUAGAGAGGACAAAAUACCCAAAUUUAUCUGGAACUGGAGUUAACAGGCUUUUAAUGUAACUAGACAAUAAAAAAAAGUCUCUGUGACAAUUUAAAAUACAAAUGUUCACAUCGUUCAUUUGCCAGUUUUCAUUUGUAUUUGUGACAAAUGAGAAAAUUGCUAAAAAGAUGCUGUACAAAUUGAUUUACUAAUGAUUAUUGGAGUGCUUCAUAUUUUGCUACCUUGAGGCGGCGUCCAGUGCCUCUGGACUUUUAUUCGAGAAACAUCUCUGUACUGGUUUUCAGAACCAGUGCCUCCAUUGAGAAGCCUCGUUUUCUAUCUUUAAACAGGAGUAUUUUAUACAGAUGCUGGUGCCCAAGUCAAGAAUUUAGCAACAUGACUGCAUCAGCAUGACGUAUAAUCAAUAAUCACUCGAUAUGGUAUAUACAUUCAGGAGCUUUGGGAGCUUUUGAUGUGGAUAAAGUUCUUUCAGCCACAUUGGCAGACAACAUAUUACCUUCAAAAUGUAAUAGUUUAAUAAAGAGACUAUGGGCGACACUGGCCUCCAUGACUUGCGGAUGAAAGCCGUUUCCCUGCCCUGUGAGGAGCGACAGACUACAGAUGGUUUCUAAUUCUGUUGGCAAAGGUGUUCAUUCACAACUAGGUUUUUCCUUUUUUUUUUUUUUUUUUU